AAGGAGGGAGGAGGGAGGUGAGGGCUGGGCCAGAAUGGACUGGAAGUGUGCCCCCAGCAGCAUUUAUAAACAUGACCCCCUCUCGUCUCCCCACACUCUUUGUUUACAUACGUGCUUCUUGGCACAACCUCACACUGGAAGGCUCCUCCACAAAUCUUCCCGUUUUAGAUUUGAAGGAAAAGCCGGCAUUUGGCCCCCAUACGUCAUGUACAGUUCCAGCUACUCUCGGGCCAAAUUUGGCCUGGAAGCCAGGGAGCCUCUGCACAAACCGAAAGGGAAGAGUUGCGGCUACUACAUGAGGAUCGUCUUCUUCUUCUCCUCCCUCAUCCAGUCCCUCAUCAUUGUCAGCCUGGUGCUCUUCCUCAUCUACGGGCAGCCCGAGAAGUCCGCCGAGGAGAAGCGAGUCAAGGAGCUGCAGCAGGCCUUGAACAGCCUGAGCGAGAACAACUUCCAGCUGACUAAAGAGAAAAGCCAGCUGGGUGCUCUGCUCGGGACUCGCACUGCUGAGAAAGCUGGUGUGGAGAAGGAACUGGAGAUGCUCAGAAUUGUUGCGAACACUACUACUGAAUUAAGGAGUAGACUAGCCCAGUGUGAGAGGCAGAUUGCAACAACACGUAGCAGCAUGGUGAUGCGAUGUCCUACUCCACCCAUACAGCCACCUAUUGUGGUCAAUACUGGCAGUGAGCUGAAAACACUGCAGAGCCUCAACGCUCAACAGAAAGCCAUGAUCGAUCUGAUCGAGGCUAACUUCACUCAGACGGUGCACUACCUGAUUCAGGAGAGAGACAAUGCCCUGAAAGACAGAGACAUCCAUCACCAAGACGCCAUCGCUCUACGGAGACAAAACACCAUGCUGGAACAGCAGCUCACAGCAUACACAAGGAAAUGCAAAGAGGACUUUGCUCAUUCUUUGGACGGGAUCCAGACGGUGACCCGGGAUUUUCUCAACAAAAUCAACAACCUGUUCCCGCACCAGAUGACCUUUCACCUCACCUGUGAAAGUCAGCAGGAGCAGAUGGAGAAGAUAAGGAACAGCUGUACAAACCUGUCCAGAGAUGUGGAGAACAAGUUUCAGCUGUAUUUGGACAACGUGGGCAACAAGGUGGCUCAGAUUCAAGCCAUGUCCAGUCGUCUGGAGGUGCAGCACACACACCUGACCUCUGACCUGCAGCAGUGUGAACACAACCACAGCGAGACGCUGGCCGAGAGCAACAGGCAGCUUCAAGCCAAGCAGAGGACUCAUGACGAGAAGAUGGAGAAACUGCUGAUCGAGCAGAACCGGCUGAGAGAACAGAAACAAUUGCAAGAAAACACUUUGGCCCUGAGAGAAAAGGAGCUGCAGAGCCUGAGGGCAUCGCCUAAUUGUAAGGUCUCUCCGUGGAAACCUGCGGGAGUGCAGUCUGUGCCGCAGCUCAGCAGGCAAACUGUCGCUAAUUGGCCUGCCUUACAAGCGCCAAGCAUCAGCAAAACUCUGACGGUGAGAUGAAAAGCAACAGGAAAUAAUCAGCAGAAGCCAUAGUGAUGUAAAAACUGUAAAGACCAAAAAGUUAAGGAUUUUUGGCUUUUGGGCAAACUUCAAAUGAUACAGUAGCUUACUUCACUGUUUUAUUACUUACCAAAAACAUCUACUUUAGUUUUUUAAAAACACAUUUUUCAAGGAGAUGGUCAAAUGUCCUUUAGUGUGGACAAAAAUAUGUUUGAAGUUUGGAAUUUUGUGAACAUUAUAACUGUUUUCAAUGACCUUUUGCAGUGUGUUUACAUAUUUUAACAUCUAAUACUUAAAGGGGUACUGCACUUUCUUUGGAAAUUUGCCUAUCAUUCACAAUCCUUAUGUGUGAUAAGCACACAUAUUUUCUUUUUUGUAUGCAUUCUAACACAUAGAUCAGGGGUCGGGAACCUUUUUGGCUGAAAGAGCCAUGAAAGCCAAAUAUUUCAAAAUGUAUUUCAGUGAGAGCCAUAUAAUAUUUUUUUAACACUGAAUACAACUAAAUGCGUGCAUUUUUGAGACCAGCAUUUUUAGAGAAUAAUAAGUCUCUUAUUCUUUUAAAUAACAUGGUUAUUCUAAAGCUAACCAGUAAUAAAUAUAAUACUUCUUACCAUUAAUGCGACUUCUUGAACGGGUGCGACAGAAAACGAAUUGUUGGAUUAAAAUGCAUGAGAAUGUUUUAUAAUUUGAAAGUUUUUUUUAACACUGUGAUUACCAGCGGAAUUAUUCAUAACUUAUCGUGUUGAGCAAUGUCAGCUAAGAUUUAUCUGAGAGCCAGAUGCAGUCAUCAAAAGAGCCACAUCUGGCUCUAGAGCUAUAGGUUCCCUACCCCUGACAUAGAUGAAGGCUAGCAAAAACCAGCCAACAUUAGAGCUAAUGGGAGUCGCUCAAUUCUGCCUAUAAAGACUCAGAAACACAUUCAACAAUGUUUUAUAUACAUGCUGUAAUAUAGUAACAUUGUAAUAAUAGUUAAUAUUUAUGUAUUUUGCUUAUUUUAGUGUACUAUGCUAAGCUGCAUUGUUAGCUACCUCAAAUGUGCCAUAUUUUAGGAAUUAGAAAGCAUCAAAAAAGAAAGACAUCUGUUUUUGUCUUCCAUAAGGAUUGCGAAUGAUUGGAAACAUUCCAAAAGAAAAAGUUCAGUUCCCCUUUCAAUUGUGAAAAAAUAAAGACUGAUAUGAUAAGA